GCAGGUUGAUGAAACGCGAAAUAAAAAUCGCAUUCAUGUCAACGGUGUCGGCCUGUUUUAUGAUCCUAGGGCAUCACUUAAGUCUGAAGAGCUUUAUCCAUGAGGAAGGCGUCGUACAGUGCCAGCCCGGGCAGAAAUCCCUCCCUGCUCUGGCCCCUCCGUGAGGGGAAAUUAAUUGUCUGCUGCUGCUGAGGCUGAAGCAAGACUCGCAGCGAAGCGAGCGGCGCGUGCAGAGGCACGGGAGAUCCGAAUGAAAGAACUGGAGAGGCAGCAGAAAGAGAUCUAUCAAGUUCAGAAGAAAUAUUAUGGUCUGGAUACUAAAUGGGGAGACAUCGAGCAAUGGAUGGAAGACAGUGAGCGUUAUUCCCGUAGAGCCCGAAGAAAUGCCUCGGCUUCGGAUGAAGAUGAGCGCAUGUCAGUGGGUAGCCGUGGAAGCCUGAGGUCUCAUUUGGAAUAUGCCAGCACCUACCCAGUGGCUGGAUUAGAGAAUGAGAGGACCAAAAAGAAGAACUACUCCAAAGCAACCAAUGGUUAUGAGGAAGACAUGUAUGGAUCAUCCCAGAGUAGAAAAUCUAGCAGGGCUUCGUACUACUCUGAUCUGGGUCUUCACAACAGCGGCUAUGCUUCCACAUCUCAACCUUCUUCCCAAAAUGGAAACUGGCCCUCCUUGCUGUACAGUGAUGCCCUGCCGGCCAGAAGUUACAGGGCGUCUGUGUAUGACGACAGCGUUUGCAGUGGGAGUCGUCGGUAUAGUGCCUCUAGUUCUCGUGCUCCUUCUGAGUACAGCUGCUACCUUGGUUCAGGAUCUCGGGCAUCCUCAAGAGCCAGCUCUGCUCGGGCCAGUCCGGUGAUUGAGGAAAGGCCAGAAAAAGACUUUGAGAAGGGAGCACGUACUGUUUCAAGUUUAUCAGCAGCUACUUUAGCUUCUCUGGGUGGGACUUCUUCACGAAGAGGCAGUGGGGAUACAUCCGUCUCAGCCGAUACAGAGGCAUCUAUUAGAGAAAUAAAGGAUAUCUAUGAGUUAAAGGACCAGAUUCAGGAUGUAGAAGGCAAAUACAUGCAGGGACUGAAAGAACUGAAGGACUCUCUAGCUGAAGUUGAAGAGAAAUAUAAAAAGGCUAUGGUGUCAAAUGCUCAACUAGACAACGAAAAAACAAAUUUCAUGUACCAAGUAGAUACCCUGAAGGAUGCACUCUUAGAGUUAGAAGAACAGCUGGCAGAAUCCAGGCGGCAUUACGAAGAAAAAAGUAAAGAAUUUGAGAGGGAGAAGCAUGCUCAUAGCAUAUUGCAGUUUCAGUUCAUGGAAAUCAAAGAAGCUUUGAAGCAAAGAGAAGAAAUGCUUGCAGAAAUCCAACAGCUGCAACAGAAACAGCAGAGCUAUGUCAGGGAAAUUUCUGAUCUUCAGGAGACAAUAGAGUGGAAAGACAAAAAAAUAGGGGCGUUAGAGAGGCAGAAAGAUUUCUUUGAUUCCAUAAGGAGUGAGCGGGAUGACCUUAGAGAUGAAGUGGUUGUGCUGAAGGAGCAACUGAAGAAACAUGGAAUAAUCCCAGACUCUGACAUAGCCACCAAUGGGGAGACAUCAGACAUUCUUGAUAACGAAGGACACUUGGAUUCUUCUAAAACUGUUCCAGGCACAACUCAGGCAUUAAAGACAGGAGGGGAUGGGACACUAGGCAAAACCAAUGAAGUGGACAUGAAAAAUGAGAUUUUGGAGGAUAUGGGGAAAAGAGAAAUCUUGCAGAAUACUGAGCGUGAGGAACACAAAGAGGAGUCUGAGGAGCAGGAAGUACAGACAUUGCAUGCUGAUGAAAAUGCAAAGGCAGAAAAAAUGGUUGAAGAACGUGAUGCCCUGUCAACAGUGAUGUUACCAGGUAGUAGGUUUACAGAACAAAUUCAAAGCCUUACAGAACAUGUAUCAGGGAGCGCCUCUUCAAAUGAUGAUAGUGACACAGAUGAUUUGAGAAAGGAGACUGAGUCUGCAGGCACAGCAGUCCAACAGCCUGUUAGUACAGAGGCUGAACACCAUGACUUAAAUGCAAGGACAAAUCAGAACUCAGAGGUGGACUCUCUGCAAGGUCAUCAGAUUUUUGAGACUCCUCAGGAAAUGCCUAGUGUCUUAGGUACAGAGCAUGAACUGGAAAAAGCUGCACCCGAACAGGAAGAACGAGAGGAUCUUAAAACUAGCCAUGGCUUGAGUGAUAAUGAAAUGGAUCAGGAAGCCAACAUUACAAGUGAGAGCUGUGAGUUGGUUUCUAACCAGGCAGGGCUACCAGAGGUUGCAGUAGCAGGCUUGCUUAGUGAAGAGGUAAAUGUGAAGAGUCACGCUGAGGGACUCCAGCACUCAGAAGAAAGUGCUGAAAACAAGGCUACAAAUGUCUCGGAGGAAAAGCUUGUUGAAAGCAAAGACUGCACUGAUGGAAGAAUUGAUAAAACAGGAGGUGAUAAAGCUGAAGAAGAAAAUGAGGUUGGGAACGCAGUUCAGGGUCAGACGAGGGAAACGGAGCCUGUGGGUUUGGAGGGGACGGAGUCAUGUGAAAGUGGUGUCCCAGCAGAUACAAGUGAAAGGGAAGGUGGAGGAGAUCAGGCAUGCAUCCAACCAGUUUCUUCAGAGGACAGUCCUUCAGCAUCAUCAGAGGAAGAAAAUAUGCAAGAUAAAACUGAACUUGAAAACGCUAUGGCUGAGAAGGAUGGACAGAAGGAAGUAUUAAUAGAAGAGUUGGAGAUGUGUUCAGAUUCUGCAGAAACAGGCGAGCAAGAUAAGGCAUCUGUGGAGGCUGGAGACUGUAUUACUGAGGUAAAAGAAAGUGUGCUGCAGCAGGCAGAGCCAGACACAGAUGUUGGGAAAGAGGUGAAGACUCAGGAAACCAGUUUAGAGCCAAGUCUUUUAGAAGAUGAAAUUCGGGAGUCAGAAGUGGAAAUAGAGGAUGAGUCUGGGAAAGGAAAGGAAAGUAGGACAGAAUGGGUAGAAGAUUUAAAGCCAAAGGUAGAAGUUCAAAUAGUUCAGUGUAGUGAAGAAACAACAGGUGAUAUAGUGGAAGAGAAAAAUACUCCUUUAGAAAGUGAAGUGCAGAAUGUAGUUAAACAAGAGGAAGGUGAAUCUAAACAGGAGCCAACUGUAGAUGUUAGUAUAACUACUGAAAACAAAGUUGAUAAAGAAACACUGAAAGAAAAUGAGAAAGAGCUAGAGCUUGCAUACCACCGUGGUGGUGGAGUUGCUUCUGAGGAAGGUGCAAAUAAUUCCCUGGCACAGAAAGCUGAGCAGGAUGAAAAUGUUAGUGAACAAGUUAAAUUGGAGAGUCAAGCAGAGGAAAGACUGGAAGAUGAUGGUGAUGCAUUUGAUUUUGAUGAGGAGUCAAAACAGAUACUAGAAACUGAUGAAAAAUGUGAUGGAGAGAAAGCUGAUACACAGAAAGGAGAGGGUGAUGGAGCAAAUGGUGCUGUUGGAAAAACUGCCCAAACAGAUGAAGCUGGAGAAAGAACAGGCAAAAUAGAAACAGAAGACUCCUUGACUGAAGAUGACGGCUUGCAGCAUAAAAAAGGAGAUGAGCCUGAAGAAACAGGGUGCUUGCAAGGGGAAUUGUCAUGGAAAACUGAUGAGAAGGCUGAUGUGAUGGAAGAUGAAAUCAAAGCAUCAGAUUCUAAUAAAGUGGAAAAAAUACCAGAUGAAAAUGUUUUUGAACAGGAUUUGGAAAGUGCUGGCAGUAACAGGGAUGAAAGCAAGGAGGAUUUGCAAGGUGGUAGAAGGAGUAAGGGUAAAUCCAGAGAUGAGUGUACAAUAUCGUAAGUUCAAAAUCUCAAGACUACAUGAGUUACAUGCCAUUUGAUCAGUCCCAGUACAGAAGCAUGCAUUUUGCACAAUACAUCAGACCUUAGGAAUACUCUUAAGGUUUAUUCUUUAUAGGUAACUCUCAUAAUACAACAUUACAUAAAUGGUAAUGAUGCAGGUAUUAAGUUUUUCACUGACGUACCUAGCCACAAGAAGUCGUGCGUGGGUUUGGUUUUGCUGUGUCUCAGGUUUAAAGUUUAUCACCAAAAGAGCAAGCUUCACAAAUCGACUAUUCAGACUAUCUUGCAAUUAAAGUACUUUUAGUGUGGAUAACUGCUACUGAGGAAUUUCUAUAUGAAAUUCUUUUUUUCUCUAGCCUAGAUGAUAGAUGUCUUGAAUGUACUUAGGUGCAUUGGAGCUUUGUGAACUUGUGUGCAUACUUAAUGUGUACUUAGGCGCAUUAGAUCUAGAGUAAGUACAUUAACACUUCAUGAAGGAACUCAGUAGAUCAGCAAUACUGAUCUGAUGUUGAAACUUCUUUCUGAAUAAUUAAAGCCUAGGAACCAAUUUAUUUUUUUACUCUGGGAAAAAAAGAUACUCAUUCCACUUCGUGUGUAUUUCUAAUAUGGUCAUAUUCCAAAAUAUAGUUAGAUCACUGUGAAUCUGCUUAGUCUAAACACUUUGGAAGAACAAUAUAUGCUUUGGAGAAAGUGCAACAUACAGGUCUUAGUUUGCUGAAAGGAAUAAAUAUAUACGUUUACUUCAUCUAGGCACUUUGUACCACAAUAGGCCUUUUACACCAUGUCUCACAUGGGUUUUUUACUUUUUCUAAAGAAAGUGUCAAUACACACUGUAAUGUGUGCUUAGGUUUGCUAUCAAACUGUCUAGCUAUGAAUAUAUAAAAUAACUAUUUUUCCAAGAAGAUUUUUGUUUAAAAUUGCAUUUCCUUACUGCAUUAUGUUUUUUGCAAACUAUGAUUCUGAAGGAAUGUUUUUAUCUCCAAAAAAUUCUUUCCUCUUCCUUUCUGGAAAGAAGAUAACUGUGCAUGUCUUAAUUCUUGUUGGAUAUCAGACCACAGACGAUUGUUGUUCUGUAUACUAGCCCGUGUGCCUUCUAGAAAAGCUGGAUUGCUUUGAAUUGCUGGCAUACAUUAGACACUUUGACUCCAUUGGUAUAUUUCUUUUGCAUCUUUGCUAGUACUUAGGAGGAAGAGCAUAUUUUGCAUAAUUAAAAAUUCAUUUAAAGUUGUUUUAAGCCAUGAACGCCCCAAGGGAAUGCAAGUUGAGGAGUUGGGGUGAGGGGGCUAUGGAAGGCUGUAUUUGUGUUGAUGUUACAAAGUUGAUGGUGUACAGACUGCAAAAUUUCAAGAUGUAUAUCAAAAUGUACUGAGCUGUAUCUAAUUGAAAUAAACAUAU